AUGAUGCCUCCAUGUGAUUCCCCACAUUCACUUUUCUUUCUUGCCACCAUGGACGUUGGCCGGGCAACUCGGGCGUACGAGGCGCUCAAGUCCCUCCUUUUCUUGUACGUCGUCUCGCGGUACGCGCUCAAGUCACAGCGCCAUCUUCGCGCGCGGGGAGUCCUUGCUUCGGUCCGGGAAUUCUAUAGAUGGAUCACUCAGCAAGUCUUGCUCUUAGUUUUGCGCCUGCCCAAGAUGAAAGCUAAGGUUGCGUUGGAGAUGGGUCAGGCGAAACUGGACAUCGAGAAUCGAUUGGUGCCAAAAGGUCCGGAUGUCACUCGGCAUCUCUCCCUACCAAAAGAGGGCAAAUCCUUGGAAUGGAUUCUGGCGGAAAUGGACAAGAUGGAUGACGAAAUGAGCCAUGCGACCAACUGGAGGCAGGGAAAGAUUUCUGGAGCAGUGUACCACGGAGGAGAGGACUUGGAGCGCGUCAUUGUUGCCGCCUACGCUAAAUAUGCUGUUUCGAAUCCGUUACAUCCAGACGUCUUCCCUGCUGUCCGCAAGAUGGAGGCAGAAAUUGUCGCACAGACGCUUCAGUUAUAUAACGGUCCGAACGGCGCUGGUACCAUGACAUCUGGCGGAACCGAGUCUAUCAUCAUGUCCGUCAAAACCCACCGAGACUGGGCUCGCGCUGUCAAGGGCAUCGCCGAACCUGAGAUGAUUAUACCGUCGUCUGCCCAUGCUGCCUUUGACAAAGGAGCUGCCUACCUCAAAAUCAAGGUGCACACAAUUCCUGUCGAUUCCUACACGCGCAAAGUGGACAUCAAAGCGGUUAAGCGAGCAAUCAACGCCAAUACCAUUAUGCUUGUCGGUUCAACAGUCAACUUCCCUGAUGGAAAUCAAGACGACAUUGAAGCUCUGGGCAAGCUAGCCGUUAAAUACAAGCUCGGUCUGCACGUCGACAGCUGCCUUGGCAGCUUCAUUAUACCCUACCUCGAAAAGACUGGAUUGUCAGAGGGCUCUAACGGAAAAUAUAAGCUCUAUCCAUGCGACUUCAGGGUUCCUGGUGUUACUGCGAUCAGCUGCGACACCCACAAGUAUGGGUUCUCGCCAAAGGGCACUUCAGUCAUCAUGUACCGAGACGCUGAAUUGCGCCGUCAUCAAUACUAUGUGUCCCCCGACUGGGCGGGUGGGGUUUAUGCUAGCCCCAGCCUGUCUGGCUCACGACCUGGAGCUUUGCUCGCCGGAACGUGGGCCGCCAUGCAGUAUAUGGGGUCGGAUGGCUACUUGGAGUCAUGUCGCUCAAUCGUGACAUGCGCACGAACCAUCGCUGACCGUAUUGUCUCUUCCAUUCCCGAACUCUACAUUCUAGGGUCCCCGCCCGCAUCACUCAUCGCUUUUGGAUCGAAGCAUCCCAAAGUGGAUGUGCUUGAGGUCGGCGACAAGAUGUCGCAGCGUGGAUGGCAUUUGAACGCCCUGAGCAACCCUCCGGCUGUGCAUAUCGCCUGCACUCGGCUGACUGUGGGUAAGGAGGAAGAGUUCAUCGCGGACUUGAAAGAUUCGAUCCGUGAAGCGAAGCUUCAACCAUCAGGGCAGGGCACGAUGGUGCGUGUGUAUGGAUUGGGCAAAUCAAGUGCUGUUGGGCCAGCGAUGGUUACGCAGUUGGCUUCUGCGUAUGUCGAUGCUAUGUAUAAGGCAUAA